UGGGCGAUUUUGAAUUUAGCUUCGAGCAACUAUCGCUUUGCUGCAUAGACCAGAAAUCGAUGAAAUGCAGGGUAAGUCGAUGAAAAUUAGAGUUUAUCGAUUGUUUUGGUUUCGAACUGUUUGGUAAACUCCUGUUUCGUGCUUGUUCUUGCGAUGGAGGUUUUAGGAGAAAUUAAUAGCUUUUGUCGCUUUUGCUUGAGCCAGGACUGCGAAUUGCUUAUGCCACUAUCUAGCGCCAUCGAAGACCUUUCCUUCUCCAUCCAAGACAUACAGCAAACGACCGGGAUUUCGAUUCUUGAGAGCGAGGUCGAUUGUCUAACCGUCUGUACAAAAUGCAUCAAUCGCAUAGAACUCGCGGUGGAUUUCCGUCGUUCCUGCAUAAAGGGAAACGUGAAGUUUUUGCAGCUCUUUGGUCAUAUCAUCGACAAGCUUCGCUCACCCGACACCGCGGAUGCGAAUUUAGAGCACGCAGAAUACAUAAAGGACGACCCUUUAAAUAUGGAAAUUCUUCUUCAAAACGAAGAGAACAAUGAAAAUACCUUGAAAGCGGACAAUGAGUCGACAUGUCCGGUAGAAAAAUCUCAAGAACUGUUCGAUGAGCAAACUUCCAUCGGGCAGGCGGAUUGUGAAAACGAACACAGCGGGUCCGAAGAUCUUUCACCUGUGCCCAUAAGCACGUUAAGAUGUAAAAGAAAAAUAACAAAUCAGAAAGAAGUCGUGACGAAAUCCAAUAAAAAGAAAGGGAAAUCAAAGGAACAGAUAGGGGAUAGCAGAGAAAAUAAAACAACCCAAUCCGGAAAGCGCCAAAAAUUAUUGUGCGGUAUUUGUGGUGCUCUAGUGAUCAACCUGAUCGACCAUACGCGAUCGCAUACCAAGGAAAACCUUCUCAAAUGCCCGCACUGUCCCGUACAAAUGGCAAAUAGCGCCAAUCUGUUAAGGCAUGUGCAUACAGUACACGUGAGAACUGUCGUCAAAUCUUGUGAACCGUGUGACAAAGAAUUCAUUACAUUGGACUCCUAUAAAACACAUAUGAGAACAUACCACAAUAGCGGUGCGCAGUACCAGUGUGAAAUCUGUCUCAAAAUAUUCAAACAUCCUUCAAACCGCCGAGAGCAUAUAAGGCGAAUGCAUGUUGCUGAAUGGAAGUAUGAAUGCCAAAUUUGCCAGAAAAAGUUCAAAAACAGGGACAGUCUGAGGAGACAUGAAAGGGUACACUCUACCAAUACUCCCUACGCAUGUAGCCACUGUCCAAAGCGAUUUAAAUCUUCAUUCGCGAAAAACACGCACGAAAUAACACACAGUGGAAUUCAAUUCGCAUGUACACUCUGCACUAAGAUGUACCGAUACAAGAGUCUACUCAGCAUGCAUUACCGGAAAUGCCAUCCAGAGGAGUGUAUUGAACGCAGUCGCGAUCCAAAAAAUAUACUUGUGGCCACCGAUUCAACAGCGUUAAGCCACAGCUACCACAGCCCAGAGACUCAAGUUUCACGUUCUACAUCGAAUAAAAUCAGAAGUGUAUCAAACAUCGUUAAACCUUUCGUAUAUAGUAAGCUAUAUAUCUAUACGCUCUUAUAUGUAAACUCCUGUUUCGUGCUUGUUCUUGCGAUGGAGGUUUUAGGAGAAAUUAAUAGCUUUUGUCGCUUUUGCUUGAGCCAGGACUGCGAAUUGCUUAUGCCACUAUCCAGCGCCAUCGAAGACCUUUCCUUCUCCAUCCAAGACAUACAGCAAACGACCGGGAUUCUGAUUCUUGAGAGCGAAAUAGAUUGUCUAACCGUCUGUACAAAAUGCAGCACUAGCAUAGAACUCGCGGUGGAUUUCCGUCGUUCCUGCAUAAAUGGAAACAUUCUGUUUAUGCAGCUUUUCGGUCAUAUCAUCGACAAGCUUCGCUCAUCCGACACCGCGGAUGCGAAUUUGGAGCACGCAGAAUACAUAAAGGACGACCCUUUAAAUAUGGAAAUGGUUCUACAAAGCGAACCCGAGAAUGAAAAUAUCUUGAAAGGGUACAAUGAGCCGGCAUUGUCGGUUGAAAAGACUCAAGAGCUGUUUGAUGAGCGAACAUCUAACGGACGGGAAGAUUGUGAAGACGAAAAUAGCAGUUCUAAGGAUCUCACCCCUAUGCCCACAAGCACGUCAAAAAGAAAAAUGACGAAUAAGAGAGUGGACGCGACCCCAUCGUAUAGAAAAAAGGCGAGAACAAAAGAGCGGAUUGGGGACAGUCAAGAAGAUAAAGCAAACAAUCCUAACAUACCAAGUAAAUCUAAUGGACACAGAAAACGAUUAUGCGGUAUUUGUGGUGCACUAGUAUACAAUCUGCUCGAUCACACGCGAUCUCAUACGAGAGAAAAUCUCCAUAAAUGCCCGCAUUGUCCUGUACAGAUGGCUCAUGCCACUAACCUGUGGUCGCAUGUACGUGUAGUACACAAGAAAGUGAUAAUCAAAUCUUGUGAACCGUGUGGCAAAGGGUUCAUCACAUAUGAUUCCUACAAAUCGCAUAUGCGUACGUACCACAAUAUCGGUGCGCAGUACCAGUGCGAAAUCUGUCUCAAAAUAUUCAAGCAUCCUUCGAGCCGCCGCGGUCAUAUACAGCGAAUACAUAAAGCACAAGAAGGGAAGUAUGAGUGCCAGAUUUGCCAAAAAAAGUUCAAAGACAGGGACAGUCUGAGGAGACAUGAAAGGGUACACUCUACCAACACUCCCUACGCUUGUAGCCAAUGUCCAAAGCGAUUCAAGUCUGCAUUCGCGAAAAAAACGCAUGAAAUAACACACAGUGGUAUCGACUUCCCAUGUACACUCUGCACUAAGGUGUACCGAUACAAGAGCCAACUCAGCAUGCAUUACCGGAAAUGCCAUCCAGAGGAAUGUAAACCCGAACCAGCUUAUACGAUGGAGGUUUUAGGAGAAAUUAGUAACUUUUGUCGCUUUUGCUUGAGCCAGGAUUGCGAAAUCCUCAUGCCACUAUCCAGCGCCAUCGAAGACCUUUCCUUCUCCAUCCAAGACAUACAGCAAACGACCGGAAUUUCGAUACUUGAGAACGAAAUUACAUGUCUUUCGGUCUGUACGAAAUGUAGCACCAGCAUAGAACUCGCGGUGGAUUUUCGUCGUUCCUGCAAAAAUGGAAACGUGAAGUUUUUGCAGCUUUUCGGUCAUAUCAUCGAUAAGCAUCACUCAUACGACAUCGCGGAAGCGAAUUUGGAGCACGCAGAAUACACAAAGAACGACCCUUUGAAAAUUGAAAUUAUUCUUCAAACUGAAGAGAACAGUGAAAAUACCUUGAAAGCAGACAUUGAGUCGGCAUGGGAGAUGGAAGAGUCGCAAGAGCUGACGGAUGAAGGUGGCAUAUGCAAAGAUGAAAAUAACGGUUCCGAGGAUAUCCCACCUGUGUCCAGAAACACGAAUUCGAAAGUUACCUCGACCGCAACAUCGAAUCAUAGCAUGGCGAAAUCAAAAGAAUCAGUAGGGGAUAGUGAAGAAGACAAAGCAAACAAACAAAACACAUCCGGCAGAAAUAGAAAACGAUUAUGCGGUAUAUGUGGUGCACUAGUGUACAAUCUGGUCGAUCACACGCGAUCUCAUACGAGAGAAAAUCUCCAUAAAUGCCCGCAUUGUCCUGUACAGAUGGCUAGUGGUACAAAUCUGUGGUCGCAUGUGCGUGCGGUGCACGAAAAAGUGAUCAUCAAAUCUUGUGAACCGUGUGGCAAGGGGUUCCUCACAUACAACUCCUACAAAACACAUAUGCGAUCUUUCCAUAAUAUCGGUGAGCGGUACCAGUGUAAAAUGUGUCAAAAAAUGUUCAGCUCAACUUCAAGCCGCCUAGAGCAUAUAAGGAGAAUACACAUUGCUGAAUGGAAGUAUGAAUGCCAGAUUUGCCAGAAAAAAUUCAAAGACGCGAACAUGCUGAAGCGACAUGCAAAUGUACACUCUACCAACGCUCCCUACGCGUGUAGUCACUGUCCCAAGCGUUUUAAAUCUUCAUUUGCGAAAAAAACACAUGAAAUAACACACAGUGGAAUCGACUUCCCAUGUACACUCUGCACUAAGGUGUACCGAUACAAGAGUCUACUCAGCAUGCAUUACCGGAAAUGCCAUCCAGAGGAAUGUAACAGUGAACUAGCUUAGCAAAAGGUCUCAAAAGUCGGCCAAUAAUCAUGUAAUGACUGAUAUAUUUACCUUGAUCACACAAGGUAUCGAACAGCAGUCGCGAUCCGAAAAAUAAACUUGUGGCCACCGAUUCGAUAGCGUUGAACCACAGCUACCAGAGCCCAGGGACUCAAGUUUUACGUUCUACAUCGAAUAAAAUCGAAAAUGU